CUGCCUGGCAUACUGCAGAAGCAUUGCUGUAUUUUACCUGACAGGAACACAGAGUCACAGUGUACACUCUGUGGGGAGCCUGAAGAAGAAGAGGGUGGCGAUCUGCUCAAGUCGGGCUUCAGUUUUCCAGGGACGCCAGAGGAGGAGCUAGACCAGCAGUACUCAUGGUCGCCUUCUCAGCACUUCAAUGAAGAAAGAUACUCUCCUGCUCCGAGGAAUAUGAAAGGAUUAUCUGGUAGUCGCAAUCAACCACAGUUAUGUUCAGCUCAUACUUGUGGCUUAGCAUCCCCUGAAGAUUGUGAACAUACCCACGACCAUAUCCACCAUGGGCAGGAGCCAAGGCCAUCGUAUCUUCUCAGCCCCACGGAGAGUUGCCCGCUGGACCACCAUCGUUGCUCCCCACGCAGCUCCAUCCAUUCUGAGUGCAUGAUGAUGCCCAUGGUAAUGGGCGAUCACAUGUCAAGUAGCACUUUCCCCAGAAUGCACUACAGCUCACAUUACGACUCAAGAGACGACUGCGCCAUGUCUCACGGGAACCCUAAGAUUAACCGUAUUCCUGCAAAUCUUUUGGACCAAUUUGAGAAACAGCUUCCUCUUCACCGGGAUGGGUUUCAUACUUUACAGUACCAGCGGACCUCAACAGCUGCGGAACAACGCAGUGAGAGCCCGGGAAGGAUACGCCAUCUCGUUCAUUCCGUCCAGAAACUUUUUACUAAAUCUCAUUCUCUGGAAGGAUCAUCCAAGGGCAAUGUUAAUGGAACAAAGGGGGACAGUCGAGGGGACGAUCAUCAUCAUGGGCACCAUUCCAAGCAUAGCAAAAGGAGUAAAAGUAAGGAGCGAAAACCAGAAGGCAAGCAUAAGUCUGGAAUGAGUAGCUGGUGGAGCUCAGAUGAUAAUUUGGACAGCGAUAGCACUUACCGAACCCCUAGUGUGGUAAAUAGGCACCAUACAGAUCACAUAUCCCAUUGCUAUCCUGAGGCACUCCAGGGGCAUUUUGGGGAUCUCUCAUUGAAGACUUCCAAAAGUAACAAUGAUGUGAAGUGUUCGGCUUGUGAAGGGCUACCAAUGACCCCUGAUAGUAAAUAUAUGAAAAGGAGUUCUUGGUCCACGCUUACAGUAAGUCAGGCUAAAGAAGCUUAUCGCAAAUCAUCACUGAACUUAGAUAAGCCUCUGGUUCAUCAGGAAAUCAAACCUUCCUUGAGGCCAUGCCAUUACCUUCAGGUACCUCAGGAUGAAUGGGGAGGAUACCCAGCUGGUGGGAAAGAUGAAGAGAUCCCAUGCAGAAGAAUGAGAAGUGGGAGCUAUAUUAAGGCCAUGGGAGAUGAAGAAAGUGGUGAUUCUGAUACUAGCCCCAAGACAUCGCCAAAAUUAACAGUUCGACCAGAGUCAUUAUUAAAAUCCAUUGGGCAAAGACCACUUGGAGAUCAUCAAAAUCAGAGCUACCUUCAAACUGCAAGUGACGUGCCUGGGGGUCACAACCUGGAUCCCUCUGCAAACUACAAUUCCCCAAAGUUUCGCUCAAGGAAUCAGAGCUAUAUGAGAGCAGUGAGCACGCUCAGUCAGGCCAGCUGUGUUAGUCAGAUGAGUGAAGCAGAGGUUAAUGGACAAUUUGAAUCGGUGUGUGAAUCAGUGUUUAGUGAAGUUGAAGCUCAGGCAAUGGAUGCCCUUGACCUCCCUGGGUGUUUCCGAACAAGAAGCCACAGUUACUUGCGUGCCAUUCAGGCAGGCUAUUCCCAAGAUGAUGAAUGUAUACCUGCGCUGACAUCUUCCAACAUCACCUCAACCAUCAGGUCAACCACAGCUGUAACUUAUACAAGUUACAAAAAAACACCACCACCAGUACCCCCUCGUACCACUUCCAAGCCACUGAUCUCCGUCACGGCACAGAGCAGCACAGAAUCCACCCAGGAUGCAUAUCACGACAGCCGGACUCAGAGGAUAUCCCCAUGGCCACAGGAUGGGCGAGGGAUGUACAACUCCACUGACAGCUUGGACAGCAACAAGGCCAUGAACCUCGCCCUGGAGACAGCGGCUGCCCAGCGCCACGCGGCCGAGAGCCAGAGCACCUCCAUAAGGACCAGUGACAAGGCCAUCCUGGUGACAAAGGCAGAGGAGUUUCUUAAGAGUCGACGUUCCUCUAUAGGGAUCCAGGAAUCAGCUUUGCCAGAAAAUGUAUCUUUUGUGUUGAAUUAGGUGGAAACAGCAACUGAUUCAGAUACUGAAAGUAGAGGUCUACGGGAAUACCACUCUGUUGGAAUACAAGUGGAAGAUGAAAAACGACAUGGACGAUUCAAGCGCUCAAACAGCGUAACAGCAGCUGUCCAGGCCGACCUGGAACUGGAGGGUUUUCCAGGACACAUCACCAUGGAGGAUAAGGGACUUCAAUUUGGCUCGUCAUUCCAGCAGCACUCAGAGCCCAGCACACCCACCCAAUAUAGUGCAGUGAGAACUGUACGGACACAGGGACUGUUCAGUUACAGAGAAGAUUAUAGGACCCCAGUUGACACCUCAAACCUUCCACCACCAGAACCCUGGCUAGAGCCAGCCAUUGAGACAGUAGAGACUGGUCGAAUGUCUCCUUGUCGACGGGAUGGAUCUUGGUUUAUGAAGUUACUACACACUGAAACUAAGAGAAUGGAAGGCUGGUGCAAAGAAAUGGAAAGAGAAGCAGAAGAAAAUGAUCUUUCUGAAGAAAUCCUAGGUAAGAUCAGAAGUGCUGUUGGAAGUGCUCAGCUCCUCAUGUCUCAGAAAUUCCAGCAAUUUUAUUGGCUUUGUCAGCAAAAUCUGGACCCGAGUGCCAUGCCAAGACCAACUUCCCAGGACCUUGCAGGUUUCUGGGACUUACUGCAGCUCUCAAUUGAAGAUGUCAGCAUGAAGUUUGAUGAACUGCACCAGUUGAAACUCAAUGAAUGGAAAAUAAUAGAAUCACCUGAAAGGAAGGAAGAAAGAAAGAUUCCCCCUCCUGUACCAAAGAAGCCCCCAAAAGGAAAAUUCCCUAUCACAAGAGAAAAAUCUCUGGACCUACCUGACAGACAACGACAAGAAGCUAGAAGACGGCUGAUGGCUGCCAAGCGAGCAGCCUCUUUCCGGCAGAAUUCAGCCACAGAGCGUGCAGACAGCAUUGAGAUCUACAUCCCAGAGGCUCAAACCCGGCUUUAA